UAGUUUGGGAAAGAAUCCGUGGAAUUCAUUUCCUGUGAAAGUUCUUGUGGAGGCGCAGAGAUGCAGAGACGCUGGGUCUCAGGGAAAACAUGCGGAGUGAAAUUUAACUGAACGGAUUUUAUUUCUGUAUUGUUUUUUUUUUUCUUUUAUAAUUUCAAGCUCGUGCUCAGCAGCAGGGCGGAAUAAAGUCUGGGAAUGGCUGAGCCCUUACUGAAGCGGACCUUGUCCAAACUCCGGGGUAAAGACCGAUCCCGCCGCAAAACCGACCCCAGACUGAACGAUGGACAGAGGAAGACAGCGCUUGUCCACAGCUCUUCAUCGUCCUCGGUGACCGAGAUCGAAGAGGAUUUCACCAGACACACGCAAAGCACCGUGUCCAAAAAACAGAACUGGGCCAAACUCAAUUCCAUCUCUCGAGAUGUGGAGCAGCUCUCAAACCUGAGCUCGGUGUCUCAAGAACGUGAAAGCUGCUCAGACAAGGCCCAGGCUUCCAAACAGUCCUCUCUCAAGGAGAAUGGGUUCGAGUGGAAAUGGAAAGAUCUGCAUAAAGACAGAACGUACGGAAGAGCUUGCCGGGAGGCUCACAUGGCCGACGGUGCUGACCUGGCCGAGACAGGUCUUCCAGAGUUAGUAACGCCUCCGGUCACGGAGUACUGCACCUCCUUAGGCAUGGGUAAGCUCUCCGGUCAGGGAGUGUACCUUCAACACCUGGAGAGGAGUAGCCGAGCUUGGGUGCUGUCAUCAGGAAAGACCCAGGCUCCGGAUGAGGCCUACACAGCCUGCUUCACAGAGCGAAGGCGCGUGACUGAAAGCGAGAGCAACAUUUGGUACAACCCAAUCCCAGAGGAAGAGGACACUCGGGCGAGCGGAGGGAAGCUGAAGCUGAAGGAGAGGGAGAAGGAUGUACUCGAAGAUCCAUGGAGAAGGAGAGAGACAGAGGGAGCACCAGAUGAGCGGAGAGAUGUUCUUCAGCAAUCUUGUCACCCCGAUGCUCAUUAUCUGGGUGGCAGCAGCGGAGGUGCUAGUAGUAUUGGUGAAGGUGCUAUUGGGACUGCUAGCGGUUCAGCAGGCUCCUCUGGAAGUCCAGUAGCACAAACGAAAAGCUCAGGAGUAAUCACGACCACCAGCAGCAGCAUGAUGGAGAAGAUUAAAUCCCCCGGCACAGUACGACGUCUCUCUAUGAAAAUGCGCAAGCUCCCAGAACUGCGGCGUAAGCUCAGUCUGCGCUCAUCACGUAACCAGAGGAACGUUCAAGGACAAGGUGGUGGCAGGGAUGCACCAGAGGGCGCCGACGAGGCCUCACCACCCAACGCGCGUAAAGAAUCCUCGAACAAUGUCAUCAGCAGGUACCAUCUGGACACCAGUGCUCCCGCAAGACCGAGGCGCCGAUCGUCACGCAUGCGUUCUGCUAGCAAAGGCGGUUAUCUUAGCGACGGCGACUCCCCUGAGCUUCUGCCCAAACAGGAUUCGAGUCAGGGUUUGACUGAGGGGUCUCACGGAUCAGGUCAAGAGGCACAGGAGUCACCACAAGCUCCUCCACACCGCGGGUGGCAGGAUGCAGUCGGGUCCUUCCGGCACUACUCGCUAGCAGAGCAGCCGAGGUCCGCCCAGAGAGUGUCAGGCCUCCUCACAGUGCAUCUGCUCGGUGUCUCUGAACUCGUGCGAUCUCGCACAGCGAAAGACGUCUUCUGUGCCAUCCAGGUGGACGGAGUGACGCGAGCCCGCACCUCUUUGCUCACCUGCCAGGAGACGUCACUCCCGCUAAACCACACCUUCAACCUGGAGCUGGAGCGAGCGCGGAUGCUAAAGCUAAUCGUUCUCACACCGAGUCCUAACGCUGUGGACGGAUCCACAGGCCCUAGUGGUCAAACACGCAACCGGGUAUGCUGCCUCGGCGCAGUUGCAAUUCCUCCUCUGUUUAAAGCCUCCCGGACUCAGCAGCUGUGUGUGAAGCUAGAGCCGAGGGGUUUGCUGUAUGUGAAACUGACUCUGUUGGAGCAAUGGGAGGUGCCGACACCCCGCCUCAGCGAGCUGCCACCCCCCUCUGUAUUCGGCGUGGAGCUGCGCCGCCUGGUGGAGAAAGAGGCCUGCGUUCCCAAAGUGCCUCUCAUCAUUCAGAAAUGUGUGGCUGAGAUUGAAAAGCGGGGACUCAAGGUUGUGGGUCUGUAUCGUCUCUGUGGCUCUGCUGCUGUUAAGAAGGAGCUGCGUGAUGCGUUUGAGAAGGACAGUGCGGCCGUCACUCUCACUGAAGAGCUGUACCCUGACAUCAAUGUCAUUACUGGCAUUCUGAAGGAUUAUCUGCGUGAGCUUCCAUCGGCGCUCAUAACACGGACUCUGUAUGAGGUGGUGCUGGAGGCCAUGUGUGUGAGACCGGCGUGCAGGAAUGACGACACACACAGAUCUCACAACACUGUCGCCCUGCUGCAGUGUCUGCCUGAACCAGAGAGGGCCACACUAUCCCUCCUGUUGGAUCACCUUAGUCUGGUAGCUUCCUUCAGCGACUGUAAUCUGAUGACAUGCCAGAACCUUGCUGUGUGUUUCGGCCCAGUUCUGCUCACUCCGACGCAGGACUCGUGGAAAGGGGCGGGGCCUGGCACUUUCCCAUCAGCCCCAGCAGGACCUGGAAGCAGCCUGGGAGGAAGAAGCUUCCCACAGCAGAGUAUGGAGAUGGCCAGCGCUGUGGACUUCAAGCGGCACAUCGAGGCUCUGCACUAUCUGCUGCAGCUCUGGCCGAUUCCAACAGGAAGCGUGACCGAUCGAUCACCCUACCGUUCAGAGGAUGAAGAGGCUCCUUCUCGUCCCUCCCAUAAUUCCCUGCAGCGUUGUCCUCAGCGCUCGGCGUUACGCGUGGAGCUGCCUUUACCACAGGACGUGGCAGUGGUGUCGCGCAGGGGGCGUGGCCGUCUGGAAAGCCCACCCUGUAAUCGCUACGCUGGUGACUGGAGCGUGUGUGGGCGGGACUUCCUGAGCAACGACGACGCAGAUUACGACGAGGUGGCAGGCAGCGAGAGCGACGAGGAGAAGAAGAAGGACUGGGCGUACACGGACGAUUUUGCGCUGGACUUUGACGCGCCGUUUACAUGCAGACUUAGUCUGAAAGACUUUGAUAACCUAAUUUCAGAUCUGGAGCGUGAACUCGCCAAACAGAUCAACAUCUGCCUCUGAGCACCGCCUCCACGUAAACCCCCGUAUCUGCACUGCGCUCAGGUCAUUCAGCAGGAACUACAGAAUUAAAUAUGUGCUACAGUUAGCUCAGACAGUGUUGAUCAACCAAGACAUGAAGUGCCUCUAAAUAUAGAAUCUGCUUUAUUUGUAUUUUUUUAUUUUUUUUUUUUGCUCUCAACCUACGAGGAUAAUGUAAUUCCAUACAUUUCCAACAUAAUGGAAAUUCCAGUUUAGUGGUGUGAAAAACCUCAAACUGUCCAAAAAAACAAAAACCUCUGCAAUAAUCUCAAAACAGACUUGCAUAUACAGUCAGGUCCAUAAGUAUUUGGACAGUGACCAUUUUGUCAUUUGCCUCUGUACACCACCACAAUGGAUUUGAAAUGAAGCAAUCAAGAUGUGAUUGAAAGAAUUUCAGCCUUAAUUCACGAGGUUUAACAAAAAUAUUGCAUUAACCGUUUAGGAAUGACAGGUUUCUUUGUUUGUUUGUUUGUUUUUGUUUGUUUUUACAGUCCCUCUAUUUUCACAGGCUUAAACGUAAUUGCACAGUUGACUGAUAAGCAGUUUCAUGGCUAAAUAUGGCCUGUUUACUCAUUAAGGGGAUAAAAGUUCUGGAGAUGAUUCCAAGUGUUAAAUUUGCAUUUGGUACAGUAGCCGUUCUCAAUAUGCGGUCCGAAGAGGCCUUGAUGCAAGUGAAGGAGGCUAUCGUUUAGCGGAAAGAAAAGAAAAAAAAAGACCUAUCGGAGAGAUGGAGUGGCCAAAUCAACAAAUUGGUGCAUUCUUAUGAAGAAGGAAAGCACUUAUGUACAUUAUGAAGCUUGUGUCAAUUUCCAGCUACUGUACAUAUGGACCUGAUUGUGUGUGUGUUAAUACUUUACAGCACAUUGUUAUGUUUUUAAAAAUUGAUAAAAGGACCUCACAGAUCUAAAAACAGUCAUAUCAGCCGCCAUCUUGAAGCAUCAGACUCCCCUUUAUGGUGUGGCACAAAAACAAUUGAAGGCUUAAGGGUACUUUUGAAUGAUUUGGAUAAUAUAAUUCACAAUUGAAUAUUAUUUAGGCAAACGUUUAGGCACAGUGCUAAACCGGAGGCUAUAAGUUUUCCCUGCUUGUUAGGUACAUGAGUCUUAGAGUAGCGCCAGUAGUGAAAACCUGAAGAGGCGAGCUUCAGACACCUUCAUGUCUUGGCUGAUUGGUGAAAGGGAUUCAAACGUGGAUUAUGCACAUAAUUUUAUAUAUAUAAAUGUCCUGAUGAUGGAAAAAUGUACUGCAGAUACAGGUGUUCAUGUGGGUGGUUUAAUGAUGAAGGUUGACGAUAAGCAGGUUCUUCUGCUUUAGUGAAGUGUGAAGUUAUAUUUAAUAGAAUGCCCAGACAGAGGUGUGUAGGGCAAGUCAAAUCCUGCAGAGUCUCAGGAGCACAGAGGUUAGUUUUCAUUCCCAAUACAAACACAAUACAACACACAUGAUUGGUGUAAAAAGGACCGAGUCGUAAAUUAUCUUCCUAGGGUUAGGGUUAGGAGCUUUUAUAACUUCUGGUCUGAUGUCGUUAUAAUUGCAUUAAUACUCAAAAUCAUAGUGUUACACCCCCGCUCCUUAAAAUACCACAAUCAUCUCUGCUUUUAUGGUCAGGAUUCACUAACACUGCAGUACUGACGGCACUUAGUAUACUAUUUUAUUCUACGGCAUUUUAUUCUACAUUGCCUGGGGAGUUUCCUAGCAGUUUGAAGUUAAAUUAUAACAUGUCGCUUAACACAGCGCUCGCUAGAGGGCGCAAUCUCGUCUCAGAUUAUUAGUACAGAUUAUUAGCUCUGUUUAAGGAGGGAAAAAAACAUGCAACAGUUCCGUUUAGAAAUAAAUUAUUUGUAACACAGUACUACCUUCAGGUCUGAGAGCAUCAAAACUGCGUUAAUACUCAAAGACGAUGUGGAUGGUCAUACCCUGUUCCUUUCAGGAGGCAGCUGCUUACAGUAGACGGAUUUCCAUUUGGAAAGCAGAAUAAGGAAAGCUAAUUACUAAGGUUCAUUUGUAGGCUUGAUCACAUUUAUCCUAUUACUACAUUGAUAUGAAAGGCAGUUAUUUAACACGAGCAGACUUGUGAGAUUGUUUAUUCACUGAAAUAAUAGUACGUUCCAGCUCAAAGUGUUUUAUUUCUCUUAUACAAGAGGAAUUUGCUAACACUAGCCAUUUUUAUUCAUUAAAGAAUAAAAAUGUAUCCAUUUGUGAAGUGUCCCAAGAGUCAAGUUAGUUCCUGUUAUCACUUAUAUUAGAGCAGCUAUAAUGUGAACAACAGUCAUUCCUUCACCAGCCUCUUUCUUUUUCUGUCUCGGAGUAAAUCCGACAUGCGGCUUAUCGUGUUACAAAAACUGUGUCUGGGUCUCUGUCCCCUGUCAUUCACAGCAACACCAGCCAAUCUCAGGUGUCUGUGAGCUCCUGGGUGUGUAAUACGGCAGAUAGAGCUUUCUUCCAAGUGUGUUACACAGACUUAUUGCAAGGUUGCUCCACAGCAAGGUUGAAUUCUCGAAUCUGAUUGGGCAGAAUGUGUGCAUUAUUUUUGCAUAACAGCACGAUUUGGACAGUAGUUCCAGCUAUGUCAUGAACGAUAAGUGAAUUUCAAUGCGUUUGUCCGAAUUUUUGUUUUUAUAGUAACAGCUUUCCUUUGAGGGUGUUACACAACCCUGAAGUUGUAGUUGCAGUUGGCUGGCUUCAUAUGUCUCUGGAAGAAGCGUGUGUUAACUUGACCCUGUCCGGGGAGAGUUAACUUGUUUUUUCGGGGGGGGGGGGGGGGUGAUCUGUUUACCUAUGCAGCUGCCUCCUAAUAGUUAAAAGUGAUUUGUGAGAUUUCUGCUCAUCUCCACAAAUAAAGAUGUUUCAGUUAGGCUCUUUUUCAGCAGCAAAAAUUUCUGAACAAUCUCCUCUUCUCUACUUAUGGUCCGCAUUUACACUUCGUUACUGACUUAUUUGUAUCGUCUCCAAAUUGUUACGGCUAAAUCUGGAUUUUCCAUACAUGACUAGUGAUCUAAAACAGCAGGAAAGCCUGUGCAGUGCCUAUUUAUGCACGUCUUCUUUCCCCUGAAAUAACUCUUCCCAUCCAGUGUGACCCGCCAGCGGCACUUGGGCCAAACGUUAUGUAAAGUUUUCCACUGGGACAUUCCGUUACUAGUCAAGUCUUAAUGCUUGGGAUGCUUUACCCGUUCUGUUCCUGAGUUCGGAAAGAUUGCCUUUUAUUCUCAUGCUGAUGUGUCUAUGAGCCAGCAGAAAGGCCUAGGAAUUUUUGGUCUCUAGUGAUGCCCCCUAACCUCUGAGCUAGCAGUCAGGUGUUUGGAUUCCUGUAAUAUUCAGUAUUAGAGGCGAAACUGCAUUUUUGCUUUCGUUUAGAAGGAUUAAUUACUUAAUUUGCACAGUUCACAUUGAGCUUGUCAGCAUUUCAGCAAAGAAGAACGAAUGAGCAAAUGAAGAAUCCACAUUUGCAGGAUUAUUUAGCCUCAAAAACAAGCACAACAUGGAUCAGGACACACACACACACACUACUUUCUAAAAACUUCCAGACCAAAGACACGUUUGAUGGUUGUUUUGCACUUCUGUAUUGCGUAUAUGGUUAUAUGAUGUUGCUGCUUACUUGUUCGAGUGCAGUACACGGUGUUGCCGUUGCUGGUGUAGCACUGUUUCUUUAACAUUUGAGCACGGUACAUAUGUUUAUCCGACUGUGAUUUAGUUAAUGGAAGAAAAAAAAAGGAUAUACGGAAUACAAAGGCCAUUAUCGAGCAAAGGUUUGCUCAUCAUGCAAAAAUGUUGUAAUCAUUUUUAUUCUAUUUGUUGUUCUAUACAGUAUUAUUUUGUAUUGCACAUUUACAGCAAGCACUUAUUUUUUUUUCUGUGUAUUAUGCCUGUUUACUAGUGUUAAAAAAAAAAACUUAAAUUGGUACCUUUUAAGUACCCUUCAGUGUUAACCAAAUACAAAUAAAAGCACAGUGUUAUAAUUCCUAAACGAAUUUCUCAUGUCAUAAUGAUUAAAGCAGUAUUGUAUUCAA